GACCAUCAAGCUGUAAUUAACCAGAGAGAGAGAGCGCUUCAAUCUCAGAAGGGAGAGAGAGAGAGAGAGAGCUCUUCAAACUCAGAAGAGCUCAUCAAAAUCUAACAAACCCUAAGCGACUGUAAAAGCUAUCCGAAAAAACUUUAAGUAGCCUAAAAAACAGAAUUGAAGGCCAUGCGGACUCGCUUUCUAGUCCUUGAUUUCUUUAACCACAGCUCCGAUACAUCUGGUUUCACAUCUUUACCAGUCCCUAAGCUUCCUCCUUUGAAGGCUUCAGUUUUUUUGAAUCAUUCUGAAACGGAAGGGGAAUUCUGCUUCUUUGACUGUGUCUUCAGCCUUAGCCAUGGGCUACAAGCUCUAUCUUUCGAUAAAGCCUUAUCUGCCUUCCUUUCAUAUGUUAUUCCUGAGAAUUUGGCUUUGCAAAGAGACGAUUCUCUGGAAAAGCGUACGAGUGGAGGAAAUCAACCCAAAUUGAAAAGGAUUGAAUUCAAUCAGAGAGUGGAGUUGCAAAGGGCAAGGGAUUUCGAUUUGGUUAAGACUGGGGGAAAUGGGGCUCAAGAGAAGCAAAGCAAAGCUAAUGAAAAUACUUUAUUGGAGGAGGGAAAGAACGGUGCACUUUACAGGGUUGUUCAUUUUGAGACACCGGAGGUUGAUCUCCCUCAGGAGGUCACAACCCUUAUGUUGGAUAUGACAAUGCAAGAACUUGACACUCAAGAAUUUAAUUCUUUCUCUUGCUUCACACAGGACAUAUUUGACUUCAAUCAUGGAGACAUGGGCUUGCAUUGUCAUGAUUUUCCAAGAUCAAUAAUCGAACCCAUGCCUGCCAAGGCUUUUUCAGAGAAAGAAAUCCAUGAAGUUGAAAAUGCAAAUAUAGAUGCUGACAUGACACAUCAAUUCUCAGGUGACCUUACUCAUUUUGAGGUUUGUGAGAUUGGCCAUGAGGCAUACGAUGCACAAUUUGGAGAUGAAACGUUCCAUUCUCUGGUUGCCAGUGAAAUAAAUAGUCAUUUCUAUGAAAAUGACAUAGAGUUCGAUUUUGAAGAACUUCUAAGGUCAAGGACCAAUAGCAUGUGGAAGACUUUGUUGGAACUUGAUUCCUUUGAGCAGUGCAAAGAACCUCAUUCUACAUGCCUUGUACAGCUAUUAGAUAUGGAGUAUAAGUGUCCUGACAAUGACUUCUUCACCAAUACGAUGUGUUCGAGAAUUGAUAUGAAGAUCUUAGAUGGUGAUUCUUAUUCUUUGGUUCAUUAUAUCAAUUUUGAUAAGUAUCAAUUCCUGGACUGGUCUUAUUGUCAAGCAUUCCAUCUAGCUGAUUUAGAGUUGGUCACUGAAACUAAUUUAUUGGAGGUACUGCUCAAAGAAGACUUAAAUUCAGUUAAGACCUUCAAUGAAUGCAUUGUUGGUCCAGAAUUAGCAUUGGCAGAUGAGACAUUUCAUUCAUUGCCUAUACCUGCCCUGCCUGACUAUAAAGAGUUGUGUUCAUUAUGUGAACUUCUUGAUCGAAUUCUUGAUGAUUUAAAGCCUCACUCGGCAUCUGCCUGUGAUUGGAUUUACCUGGAUUGGCAUCUUUCUCAAGAAGAUAAAUGCAACCGUAAUAUUUGUUUAACUCUCAAGAGCAAGACAGAGAAGGUGGAUUCUAUCAAUACAUCUUCUAAACUGGAUUCCACUAAAGAAAUGGUGGAACUGGACUUCCUAUUUUUGGUUGAUGAUGAGCUUCCAGAUGCAUCAAACACAGUAUGGUUCAGUAAAGCAACCACUCAUGACUUUCCUGGCACUCUGACUUCAGCCUCAGUGCCUCUAACUAGAAGCAAUCCAUCUGUUCUGCGUGAAACAAAUAGCAGAAACAUACCUCAAGCUCUAAAAACCACAAUUAAGACGAACUCUGAGAAUCUCUCUUCACUCUAUGAGUCUAUGUCCAUAUCCAAUGAUCUGAGUUUCUUCAUACAUGCUCGAAAAGGCACGACCGUGGGAAAUGUUGAAAAUCUAAGCCAGGAGAAUGUUGCUAGAACCAGUCUUCUUGGUAUUUCCUCUAGGAACUCAACUGAGGCCUCUAUUCUCACACAGAGUACAAGUCAUAAGUGGAACGUGAAGAUACAUUGGAUUAAUCUUUGUGACCCUAUUAUGAAUAUUUUUCAUGAAAUCCAAAAGAGCUGUGUAGCCAUCUUGGAGAAUAUUGCUCUCUUACAAAGUAAAGGUACACUGAGUGUUGUCGACUAUGCUCUGCAUUUUUCAAAGUUGAAGCUUAUGGAUCUAAUAAAACACUCCGGCAAAUGUCUGUCCACUUUGGAGUGUGAAGAUGAAAAUUUCAUGAAUUUUAUUGCUCUGUAUGCCCUGAAGCAGAUGGCCUAUUACUUGUGUUAUUCUGGAAUCUACACAACUCAUCUAUAUGUGAUGAAUUUAGUUCAGAGUGUGAAAUUUCUCAAAAUGAGAUUGUCCUUACUACAGUCUUCAAUUGAAGAUGCACACAGUAAAGCAGAGAAGGGGCUUAUGGAAUCACAUCCUUCCCUUCCUAUUAUGGAAAGGAUCAUUACUUUGAGCUCUUCUCGAAAUGGUAAAAAAACACUAAUUGUGGCAGACAGGAUAUUCUGGUUGCCAUUGAAAAAGAAGCUGGCUACCAUGGGUAUGCUCUAUUAUGAAUGGGGCAUUGAUCGUAUGCAUUUGAGUCGGCAGAAUACUUUUGAAGACAAAGAGGAACCAACCCUCUCUAUUUUAGAGGCACUUCUGAAUUUUGAUUGCUUGAUUAUUUCACCUGAGAACGUUUGGUCAUCAUUUCCCUUUAAUGAGUUCAGCAUCAUCCUUGAAUAUGGGGGUCUAUAUGAUUCAUCUAGGGUAUCUGUUAUCUCCACAACAUUUGUUGGUCUACCUUGCAUUGAUUUUCUCAAGGUUAAUCUGGAUGAUCUUGAUGUCUCUGGCACACUAUGGGAUAGCUCUGAUGCUCUUGAGCAUCCUGAAGUUGUAAAGGAAGGUUCUAAUCAAACUUUCCGUACCUCACAUGAGGACUUUAACUGCUGCCAAUGGGUUAAACUGUUAAACUAUAUUCCGCCAUCAGAAAAGGGUGCUCAUAGCACAACUUCUAAAGCUUCAGAAGUAGAAGAAGCCAGCUCUCUGAUUGAAGCAGAAUCACAUGAUCCUAUGAAGCUUGGGACUCAAUUUACUUCACGUCCCAAUUUAGUUAUCAUUGUGAACACGCAGAAUCUUGAUAGAGAACUGCUUAUAUCUCGGAGAAGCUCAUACCAAAGGAUUCUUGCAAUGGAGAAAGAAGGUGUGCAAGUUGUGGAGAGAGAGAUGCCUGUGCCAGUGGACCUAGUGUUCAGUGCUACAAUGUGCUUGUUAUGGUAUACUGCUAGGAAGCUUGGUAUGAAUGCUCCGAUAAGGGCAGAAAGCUCUUCAUGCAUGCCUCUGUGCAUAGAGAAUAUAGCUUCUGAACUGUUGAUGUCUCUAAGCUUCACAUUCAGUGAUUGUAUACUGAUUUUCGAAGGGGACAGUAUCUUUCUUGGAGCAGUUAUGGAGUCAUCAGAUGGACUUUAUGCUGCAGCAGCUAGCCUGAAUAUGAAUUUGCAGCUGUUUUUUUCCAGCUCAUCUGAUUUAACUGACGACAUAAUCGAGAGCACCAUUAGACAUUCGGCAAGAUUGAAUAAAUGUUUAUACCCUGCAAUGCUUGAAUCUGAAACCUUAGCAGAGUCAUUUCUUACAAGCUUCCCUUCUAUCAACCCACUCUUAGCUCAUGCAGUCCUAUCAUGUGGUAUCACGCUUAGGGAGUUCCUAGAAUGGACACAUGAACAGAGAGUUAUGGCUUUAAGGGAUUAUAAUGUUUCUGAAGAAAGUGUUCUUCUGUUUAGUGCUUUAUGCAAGUAUGGAGAUUUGGGAGAAUCAAAAUCAGGAACGACUGAUUGUUCCUCACUAUCUUCUGCAAUGGAUACAGAUAGCAGUUACACUAACAGGCAGUCUCAUCAGAGGCCAGAAAUUCAGUCAAUUGACAUUUUAGAGGUUGACCACAUGCAUGUCAUGCCGUCAAAGAAGUACAAAGCAGGUGAACCAAGUGUUUCCCUGUUGUAUCAGUCAAAUGAGGGUUCUAAUGUGAAUGAACUGCAUAAAAAAAUCUUGGAAGGUAGAGAGACAAAGAAACAAAGUUAUGGAUUAGUGGAACCACAGAGGGAUCCAAGGCAUGGUUUGGGUACUACUCUAUUCAAAGAAAUUGAUUGGGGUGAUCUGAAUAGUGCUGAGGAUGCUACUAAAGGUUCAGAUGUUUAUAGAGUGCAUCAAACAUUAUCGGAAGGUAGAGGGAGAAAGAGCCAAAAUUAUGAAGUACUGAAAUCACAUCUGGGUGUGAAGCAGGGCUUGGGUUCUACUCUAUUGAAAGAGAUAGAUGACCGUGCUAGAACUGAGAAUGCAAAUAGAGGUUCACACAUUAAUGAAUUCCAUCGAAAAUCAGUGGAAGGAGGAGAGAGAAAGGAAAAAAGGCAUGAAUUUGUGAAACCCCAUCUGGGUCCAAAGCAGGGGUUGGCUACUACAUCAUCAAAAGAAAUAGAAUGGAUUGACCUCGAUAGAACUGACGAUGCACAUGAGGCCAUUAGAACUGAAGUAAUUGACCUUGAGACUGAUUUCUUUAGUGAUAACAUCUUUUCUCCCAUGAAAACUGUGGAAGUUUUCACUAGAAAUAAUGUAGUAAAAGAAUCUCCAUCUGGGAACUCUAAUGAUAUCAGCAAAUUGAUGUUUGACCCAAGCAAUCUUCAUGGAUUUCCGACCUCUGCAGAGAUCACCUGUGAUUCAGACACAUGGAUACCAUUCACAGACUCCAAAAAUUUAUUUGAAGAGAAAAAUUACAAAAAACCAAAAAUAAAAGCUGUCGUGGAUGGUUUGAUUAACCAACAUGAAGUAGGGAUCUUGCCAGAUAGCAAGAUGGAGCAAACAUUUCUAAAAGUUCCCUUUAAAUUGCCACUCCAAGAAGAAGGAAGUUCUUCUAGUUACAUCAAGAAUUCAUUUUUGAAGGCUUCGCAAUUGCCAAGACCGCAACAAGGGUCACCCUGGACUAUUGAAUUCCUCAACCGAAUCAAGGAGAAGUCCAAAAUGCAUAAAACACUUCCUCUCUGUAACACAUAUAUGAACAGCCCUGGGGGUUCAAGGAGAAUAGACAAAGGCUUCACCAGGAAAAGUCCAUCCAUUCUUGAAGGCUAUCGUUACAAAGGUGGAAACCAAGCAAAAAAGGCAUCCAAACAGAAGUUUCAGAAACGAUUUCAAUCUCCUUUGGAUUUAUCACCGAGGGAGCAGAAGCAGGGAAAUGUUUCAUCUUACUUGGCUCCAGCAUGGACCCCACUCGACAAAAGAGCUCGACAGGUUCUAUCUUUCACAAGGAAUGGAGAUGAAACUCAAAGUCGACUAAUCUGGAGCGAUGGGGCCAUUAACAACCUCAGAAAUAAGUUUCAAAGAGGUUCUUGAGCUGGCAGGUACUUCCAUGGGGACUUUGUAUAUCUCCUCAUGGUUAUAAAUUGCCUUGACUUUUCAUAUCAGAUUGGUUCCAUUUUUUAUUUAUUUUUAACUUGUGUUAGCUAUAGCUUUCCUAACUUGGGUUACAACUAUUCCAACUUCAAGGCUUGCUUAAUUGUUGAGAAGUUGGUAUUGAUGAUCCCCUAAGAAUAUGCACACAACAUAAGGCUUGAAACGGCACUUCCCUUUCUUUC